UAUUUUCAGAAUCUUCAAUAGGAAAGUUGUACAACCACAAUCUUCGCGCCAAUGGGGACUGCAGCAAGACGGAACAUUUUUUUGCGCGAAAAGAAAUACAUUUGUUUGUCGAUGAAUUACUGCCCCAGGAUGUGGAAUGGGUCGACAUGGCGUGGAAGACGGGAGGGGUAGCUGUUUCACCACCAAGCAGAUGCUUUUAGCACCAAAAGGACAAGGCAACAAAAGGUGCAUGGAUGGAAGAUGGCAACUGCCACUGUUUAAUUUAAUGGAACCAGCUAUCAAAAUCGAGGAAGAUAGUACAGACUUCGGAGAGUUUGCAUUCCUUUCGGAACAGCACUUGAUGGAGGAUAUUACGGACAGUAUUAAGAAAAGUAACACAACGAAAAAGGUUAAUACCUCGCGCAAACGAAAGCUGGACAUUGCCGAGCUUUUCCAACUUUCAUCCAGUAGUACCACCGUCAGUCAUCGCAAUCUCUUAGAGAAACCGUUUCCAAUCGUUACGAUCAAUGAGUUGAACGAGUUUGAUACGCUUUUGCUGGGCAAUCCUUCGUUCACGGAAAAAUGUGCACAAAUGCUACACUCGGUCAUUAGGGAUGAAGGCAAUUCGCUAGACAAUGCAACGUGCCAUAUGCGUUUACUGCUAGAGCAUGCGAUUGAUUAUUCGGUGAUACUGCGCUACAGUUGGUACGGGUUUAUGCCACGAUCGCCGGCAGCCCGAAGCAGCGGUGAACAACACCCAUUUCGAAAUCUGUUAGGCGUGAUCAGCUUACUGCACCGGGCACGGCAGCUACGGUUUGCGACCUGCAGUAGGGAGGAAAUAAACAAGGGUAUUGAGAAGUUUCUCAAGCGAAAGCUACGGUGCCAUGCGCUGUUUGAGAAAAAGCAACAGUUAUUAAAACAGCAAGGCUAAUGAGAAGUGGAUAAGGUUUACGAAACACCUUUCCGCGGUCCUUUUGGUGCCAAAGUAGACACGUAAAGCAAACGGGACUAGCUUAGACAUGUUCAACCAAUCAUCAAGAAUCUCACGAAAAGUUUCAUUCUUUUCUACUAGCUUCUAGUCAUUGCAUCGUUUCGUGAUGAAAACGUGGAUUGUGGGAAACAAUUACACGGCCAUGCACACGGCCACCGGCAUACAGAUACUAGCUACUAUUAAAAAUAAAUAUUUAUUGUGAUUUAUUGCAUACAUAACAUAAAUCCAUUGAACUGAUUGGUGCCGGCAGUGUUGAUUAGUAAUUUUCUCCGCAUCUCAUUACAAAUGAUGUCAUUUUUUCAGAAUCGUACAACAAUUCUUUGUAUGUGGAUUCUUAUAAGUGUCAUAAUUUACGAAAGAAUAAAUGGAACAGAAAACACGAUAAUUUGUAACAACAAUAAACAUGUGAUGAAAGUUAUCUUAACAUUUGUUGUUUUCGUAAUUAACGCAUGAAAUGUAUUUCGUAUUGUUACUUAUUUUAUUCUGUAAUUUUUAUUACAUAUUCGUUGUUAACAUGUUUUUAAUUUGUAGUGUGAAUUAAUUAAGUUUUAUUUUUUUUCUAUUCACAUACUUUUCUGCUCCACAGUUUUGUAUGAUGAUGAGCAUGAAUUACCAUUGCGAGAUAAUGAACUCAGGUUCCUGACCACCUCGAAAGGCAAACAGGUGCUCGUCUUCGAUGAACACAUUUACAGGGUAAACAGGCAACGCGGCCGAAUGCGCUACUGGGAAUGCAUCAAACGGCGUACGAAAUUGCAAUGUCCCACAAAAUUAACGACCGAGUAUAAUGCGGUGCGUAAUAUAAGUGGCGGUAAUCACAAUCAUCCACAUCCAACGAUAGAGAUUGACAUGUUAGAAAAAGAAACAAAUAAUGCUAAAUUCAAGCAUUCCUUUUAAAAAUCCUUUGCGAUACAAAUCUGCCGGCUUUUGUAUUCAUAGUAGAAACAAUUCAAUAUGUAAAUAGGACAACAUAUUAAAAAAAACGUGAACAAAACAAA